AAAGAGGGUUCGAAAGCACGCCCCGUGUAGUUAGUGACUGCUGAAGCAUUAUACAGAAAACAACUGGAAAACUCUGAGAUGUGUUUCAGAAGAACCCCCUAUUUAGCUGUCGGCCUUCUGCUUCACUGGGCAUCGGUGAUCGGUCAAACUGAGCCAGAGCAAGACUUGCCACAUGUACACGAGAAUGUGGUGCUCAUACCGAGAGCGAAGCAAUUUGAGCUUCUCCAAGCAAAGGAACAAGAGUGCUACGAAAAGAUGGCAUCUGAACCUCCGCCUACGGAAGGUGCCUAUUGUAAUAGGACGUGGGAUGGACUUUUCUGUUGGCCGAACACCCCUGUUGGGACCACAACUAUACAGAGCUGUCCUAACUAUAUCAACAUGUUUGAUGUGAGAGAAAACGCUUCCAGAGAGUGCUUGCAGAAUGGCAGUUGGUUCUACCACCCUGUCUACAACGGCACUUGGUCCAACUAUACUCAGUGUAAUUAA